CUGUCUGUCUGUCUGUCUGUCUGCCUGUCCGUGAGAUGUGGUACAAGUGACACACAAGAUAGUGAAGAAUCUAGCCAGCAUUGUUUGUCCCUUCACUCUGGACGAGGCAGUACUGUUAUUGCCGUUGAUGUCACUGUCAGUAGAAUCUAGAUCUACAUCUUGCACAGCAAACAGACCAGAACGAUCGUAACACUUUGAACAAGUUAAAGAGCUUGGUCACGCGCGAAUGCUCACCAAUACAAUCGUGAGAGAGACGAGAAAAAUUCUUUAAAGGAAUUAUAUUUAUACACUCACUGACUUGCUUACUAAACGAGAAAAAUUCGUUUUAGCCAUUCUAAAUUUGACUAAGCGACGAGGAGAGAAGGUGGUGUUGGCGCUCAUAUGACCUUAUGCUGUUGCGAGCGCCGUAAAAAUUCAACUUAAACAAAACAAACAAAGAGGUGGUGAGACCCAUCCAUUAACUUACUUUCCAGACGAGAAGAAGAGGACCGUUACAUGAGACGUCAAGAUGACGGGAAAAGAGAUUCGAGUUUGGAUGGACGGGAGCUUUGACAUGCUGCAUUGUGGACAUGCAGUCGCGAUACAGCAGGCGAAGGAAUAUGGAGACAUUCUGGUCGUGGGGAUACAACCAAACACGGACAUAGUUGUCCACAAAGGUCCGCCGGUCUUCACCGAGUCCGAACGUCACAGACUCCUGUCAGGCAUUAAAUGGGUCAACCAGGUGGUAGAUCACGCCCCUUACGGCACGACCACCGCCAUCUUGGACGAACACAAGUGCGACUUUUGUGUCCACGGAGAUGAUGCCCCGAUCCUCACAAAUCCUGAUGACAUUUUGUGGAAGCUUCACGCUGUACACCGACUGAGGUUUGCUAAAAGGAUUGGAACCUCAACAACAAAGAUAAUACAAAGGAUUUUGGAUCGUUCUUUACAAUCAACGAGUGAUGGUGAAGUCCAGUCUAACGGUUCCGCCCAACAGACCGUCUCCGCGGGGGAAUCUCAAGAGUCCGAGUUCGAGUCCAGCCAUUUUCUGAUCACGUCCUCAACAAUGGCCAAAUUCUCCAACCAGAAAUCUCCUCAAGCAGGGGACACAGUGGUCUAUGUGGCCGGCGCUUUCGACAUUUUUCAUACAGGACACCUGGACUUUCUCGAGAAGGCGGCGGCUUUGGGGGACUUCCUGUUGGUGGGGGUCCACUCUGAUAGGAGUGUGAGUGACGUGGUGAUGGGAGCUCCUUAUGCCAUCACUCAGGAUUUCAUGGACUGCUAUAAGAUAAAGCUCGUGUGUCACGGAGAGACGCCGGUGAAGGCAACGGACGGUGGACGGGAUCCCUUUGAGGUUCCUACAAGGCUUGGGAAAUUCCAGGAAAUCGUAAGUGGAAAUUCCACACGCACCAAUGACAUCAUCAGCCGCGUUGUGGAGAGAAGAGAGGACUAUGAGAGACGAAACAAGAAGAAACAGGCAUCAGAGGAGAGAGCGAACGGUGACAGAUACCCAGCUGCAGAUGUCAGAAACUGAUACCCUGAUACUGAUGACAGAGACAGAUGACAGAGACAGAUGACAGAGACAGAUGACAGAGACAGAUGACAGAGACAGAUGA